AUGCCCACCAUGACCAACUUGGAACGGGCCAGCACCCCCAGCACCUCCCUUUCUAUGUCUCCACGCCUCUCUGACCGGGAGUUAACUCCCGGAUCAGAGCUCUCACUGCUAUAUGUCAAUGAGCGUGUGAACCAACUGGACUCCCGAAUUCUCGAACUACGAUCCAAUCUCAUGACUAAAAACGGCUAUGUCGAAGCUCGCAAUCGCGAAGAUGAUCAUAUUCGACGCGAGUUUGCCAACCAAAGCGCCGUUUCCCAACGAAUAGAUUUGAAUAUUGUCGCCAUUCGCAAAGAUAUUGGUCGACUUGAAGACCGCUUCGAUAAACUGCAGUCUGAUAGUACUAUCUCGCGAAUCAAUAUCAGCCAUCUCCAAUCCGACGUCGGCAAACUCCAAUCUGACGGUGCUGCUAUGCGUGCCGAUAUCAGCAAACUCCAAUCAGAUAGUGCUGCCACGCGAAUUGAUAUCAGCAAACUCCAAUACGAUGGCGCUGCUAUGCGUGCCGAUAUCAAUGCGAUCAACAUCCGAAUGGAUCUUGCAGAACGUAUCCGUUUCAACUCUAUCGUGUGCACAAUAUAUGCCCCAAUCAGACCUGUCCCCAUCGUCGUGAAUGGUGCUUUGGAAUUCCCUCAAUACUUCCCUCGAUCUAUUUGGCGAUUCUGGUGUCUCAAAAAGCGAAGCAGAGUUCAUCGUCUUAUUGAACUCGCAGAGUUCUACCAACUUGAAGGCUAUCAAGAGUGGAGACAUACUCGUACAGACAUGUUCGCCAAGGAUGAUUAUUCAAGCGACUCCAGUGACAAUGACUACAAUAUCACCCGUGCUGAAGCCGUUCAACUCUAUCCAGAGGCAGCUCAUCAAGCAUUAGCAGCAUCAUUGGGUCUUAUAUACUACAAAAUCCGAAAUGAAGUGGGCGAAGGUCACAAUGCUGUAGCUCGCCCUCCCAAGCGUCAACGGGAAAUCGCCUCUGCAAGCACCAGUACUCGAUCCAAGCCUGUGAAAAUGCCUCGUCGGCCGAGCGGUUCCGAUACCUUCCUACAGCAGCUUAUCUCCGGUGUUAUUGAACCACAUGCUGAAGCGGAAUCCUCAGUUUCAGAGCAUUCCGCCGUACUGGGCUGGAAAGCUUUCUCAGAUGUGUCAGAGGAUGCCAAAAACAAGCUACUAUCCAUGGAUCCCAAUGAUCUUAAUGCAGUUUUCCGUGCCAUGGAGCAGGGACGACUCCAGUUACAGACUACUCGUUCGGAGAGGCUGAACAGGUCCCCUACUGAAUCAAAGGCCGGUAGCGUGUCUCGUAAGGCAGCUGGGUCCGUUCGGUCGGAGGUGGCUGCUGAACCGGGCGCCGCACGUGCUCCUGCACCCAUUGCUGCACCUAUUUUAUCGGAAAUUCCUACUGAAGUUGCCACGCCUACUCCACCUGGCGCCACACGUGCUCCUGCAUACAUUCCUGCACCUAGUUUAUUGGAACGGAGUCUUAUUUCCACUGAAGUUGCCACGCCUGCUCCGCAGAGUGGUAGCAACCGACAAACAACCCAUGACGUGCAACGACCAGCUACGUCCAGUUCGGAUUCGGACAGUUCAACGGGUUCAGACAGUUCAGCUCCUUAA